GAAUGCAGAUAGGAGUCGCGGUGGUAUUAUGUUAAUGACGGGCGGGCCAUGUGAAAUGGCUAGGUGACGUCAAGUCUCAUUUCACGGAGAGUGAAACAAACAUGGCGACAGAAUGGAGUGGGCAGGCGUAUAUUCUCACUGUAAUCGUUUUUAUAUGGAGUGGAGUUGGUGAAUGUUCGGGGACAGCGGUCUCCGAGGUCAGUAACAGCCGAAUCUUUGGCAUGCGGUUGUUACACAGCAACAAGGAGGCGACGACCACAGAGCAGGGGUUCAUCCAGAUAGUCGAGGAGAGUCACAUCCUUCUCAGACUCUACGGACUACAGAUCAAUAAUAACACCUGGGCAGAUAUUAAGUUUACGGAACAAGGCGACGACGACAAUAGCGACGAUGACAAUGGUGACUUUAACAGGACUUGUGUACAUUUUACCAAAGAUAUUGUCAUUUGGACUAACAUGACCGCAAAUGUCAAGGGUACAUCGGCGGUACUGAGCAUAAAAAUUAAACCGCUUCGGAAGAACGAGCCAAAAAAGGAAUAUGGUUUGUGUGUCAGGCAAGAACAAGAUGGUAAGUGGUACCUGUUGGGAAAACCUGAUGGCUGGUUACAGGUGGUUGAGGAGAAACAUAGUUUACUUCCCUUGUGGCUUCAGAUUAUAAUCAUAUGCUGUCUCCUGGUUCUAUCUGGCAUGUUCAGUGGGCUGAAUCUUGGGCUUAUGGCUUUGGACCCAAUGGAGCUCCGAAUCGUUCAAAGUUGUGGUACCGAUAAAGAGAGGAAAUACGCUCGUAAGAUAGAGCCCAUACGGAGGAAAGGAAACUACUUGCUGUGUUCACUUCUCCUUGGAAACGUGUUAGUCAACACCACGCUUACCAUCCUGCUUGACGACCUCAUAGGAUCAGGUUUUGGUGCUGUGAUUGCCUCUACCAGCGGCAUCGUCGUGUUCGGCGAAAUCGUGCCUCAGGCUCUGUGCUCCCGCCACGGUCUGGCUGUUGGUGCCAACACCAUCACGGUCACCAAAUUAUUCAUGUUACUCACAUUCCCACUCUCGUUUCCCAUCAGCAAGAUACUGGACUGUGUACUUGGACAGGAGAUCGGCACAGUCUACAAUCGGGAGAAGCUGGUGGGGAUGCUGAAAGUGACAGAGCCAUACAACGACCUUGUCAAAGAGGAGCUAAACAUGAUUCAGGGUGCUUUGGAGCUUCGGACGAAGACCGUAGAGGACGUGAUGACGCCUGUCAAUGACUGCUUCAUGAUCAACAGUGACACUGUACUUGACUUCAACACCAUGUCAGAGAUUAUGGAGAGUGGCUACACGCGCAUCCCGGUGUUCGAGGGUGAACGUUCCAACAUCGUGGACAUUCUCUUCGUCAAGGAUUUGGCCUUUGUGGACCCAGACGACUGCACAACCCUCAAAACCAUCACCAAGUUCUACAACCAUCCGGUCCACUUCGUGUUCCAUGAUACCAAGUUGGAUUCCAUGUUAGAAGAGUUCAAAAAAGGUAAAUCUCACCUGGCCAUCGUCCAGAAGGUGAACAACGAGGGCGAGGGCGACCCCUUCUAUGAGGUGCUGGGGCUCGUCACUCUGGAAGAUGUCAUUGAGGAGAUUAUCAAGUCUGAGAUCCUCGACGAGUCGGACCAAUACACUGACAACCGCAACCGGAAGAAGGUGGCCCCCAACUCUUGCAAGAGGGACUUCUCAGCCUUCAAGCCCGAGGGCGAUUCCAAGGUGAAGAUCUCCCCACAACUUCUACUGGCAGCACAUCGCUUCCUGGCCACAGAGGCGAGCUUGUUCAGCCCAGACCAGAUCUCAGAGAAGGUUCUUCUGAGGAUCCUCAAGCACCCAGACGUGAUCCAGGAAAUCAAGUUUAACGACAGCGACAAGCGCUGUCCACAGCACUACGUCUACCAGAGGGGCAAGGCAGUGGACUUCUUCAUCCUCAUCCUGCAGGGUCGUGUCGAAGUGGAAGCAGGGAAUGAGAACAUGAAGUUUGAGACCGGGCCCUUUUCCUUCUAUGGAGUCAUGGCUUUGGCCUUCCGCUCGCCGACCCACUCGGCCUCCAUCACCUUGCCCGAGCGCUCGGACCUCCUGCCCUUCAGCGGCAGCAACACCCAGCUCAACAGCAUCGCCGGCCCGCAGUACAUCCCCGACUUCUGCGUCAGGGCCCUCACAGACCUGCAGUUCGUCAAGAUCACACGCUCCCAGUACCAGAACGGACUGAUGGCGUCCCGACUGGACAGCUCCCCCCAGUCUCCAGAGAGCACCAGGCUGGAGACAGACACCUCUCCCCAGACAGAGGCCCCGGAGGUGGGGGCAGACGAGACCACCUCCCUCCUCAACGACCAGAACCGGCUGCCCGCCAUCGAGACCAACCACAACGCCCACACAGACAGCAGCGUGUGACACGCCCACAUAACAACCCCCAUCCCCCCAGUCUCUCAAACAGCAGAGGAGCUGAUGGUCACACACACACACACACACACACACACACACACACACACACACACACACACACACACACACACA